CAGAUGUGUGUUCGUUCAAUCUGCUUCGUCACUCGCACCGGAGAUUUCCGUUGGUCCCGGGCUGCCGAGGUGUAAUGCUCAGCUGAAUUGUAACCCCGGCGGAUGCGUGGGCGACAGCCUACAUCGAACAUCGGAUCCGGGAGGAACGCUGGAAUAGUUCAGUCACUGAAGGGAGAGUCGGCUCGUCAGUCUCGACGAUCACAGAGUCCCUGGUAAGCCCGUGUCUGCCGAACUGUGUUUAGAAUAUUGCUCUGGCAUUAAUACGUUGCAAUCGCGAGAACCGUAUUUGCAUUCAUCGACAUUGACGAAAGCGCCGGAUCGUUAAUAACGGAGAGACUUUUUCCCUUCUUUGAAAUCUAUCGACGUUACAAUAACACAAUUAGUUAAUAUAAAAACUAUUACAAUUAUUUUUGAAAUUCACGAAUUCAUAAAGUUUUGGAGAUUUUGAAAAAAUUAAGUUCGAUAAAUUGGGAUUCUUCUCAAUGGAUUUUUAAUUUUAAGUGCAAGACUUUGAUAUUGCGAAGUAAAUUUAAGGAGUAAUUUUUUUUUAAUAAAUUUAUUUACUGCAAAGUUUGAGAGAAAAACUCAAUACAAUUUUUUAUGUUCUUCUAUUCGGAAAAAUCAAAUUUUGUCACGCACGUUUCGAAAUACGGAUAAAGACGAAGAUGACAUACCGCUUGUGAAUGUCACCGCUGUCGAUCGUGUAUUGUGUGACAACCGGAAAUUAAAUGACACGUGCGAAAGUGUCAAAAUAUAAUUGAAAAUAUUUUUGCAGACGCGAUAAUGUCGCUUAUGGCGUGUAAAUGACGAUCAUGACAGAUAGUGUACAUUCACAAACAUUUACAUCGAAAUUUCUGUGCUGUUAGCUUAUUGAAGGGACUUACUUUGCAAUAGGAUUGUUUAAUUUCUCUAAGAUGAGAAAAAUUGCUCGAAAGUGAUGGGAUACAUGUAUUUGGCGACCUUGCCGAUGACAUAUAUCAGCUCGCGCGCCACUCGCCACAGUUGGAGAGUUGGACGAGGAAAGAACGCAUUUGUACACCGCGUGUCCAAGAUCGAGUCGAAUGUCGGUCGGAAAAAUAAAGAAACACCGAAAGAAGUUCUGCUGCCUUCGUGAUUUACAAGAGCCAUGUGGAGAAAUCAACAUGUCCGCUACGGAAUCGUGUGACGAUGACACGAGCCCGACACGCCGGCCGAGGGAGAGCAGAAUUCACAGUGUUUGCCUACCAACCAAAACGUCUUUGCUUCCGGAACCACCACGCGCCGGAAAUGAUGUACCACCACCAUUACCACGUCGACAUUCUGCCACGCCGGCGGUAGCACCACCCCCGAUUCCUUUGAGGCCGCCGGCAAUCCCGAAGAGAAGCAAGAACGAAAAACCUAUACCAUUGCCACUUACAACCAGGCAGAGCAAUCAAGUGACUCCUUGCAAGCCAAGCGAUCCUUUGUCCGCACCUUCAUCAGGAAUAUCGACUUCGUGGAACAGCGUCGACUCAACAAAUCAAAAACUUAUAGAUCUGGGUUCCUUUAAAAAUCAGAAUCAAGCGUCACAGGAUUACAUAUUGAGUUAUGGCAGAAAGGACUCGCGGGAAACGAGUAAGCACAACGAUUUUGUGGCUGAUUUUGAUCAAGCAAAUUUUCAAGAGGGACAUAAGCUCGCGCAACAUUCGAGCUUCGAGGAGUUGCAAAAGGCCUCCCUGGACCUCGAGAAACGACUUCAUGAGAGAAUUAUUAAGAGCGCCGAGAUAAAGUUCGAGAAUCCGAGUGGCCGUCAACAACAGGGCACGGUGGCGUCGCGGCGUAACAGACAGCAAUUGUCAAAAUAUACGAAAGAGAACGAGUCCGGUAGCUGCGAGCAAAGAGAAUCGUCAGCCGAGAGCAAGCCUAGAGAAGAAAUGGCGUUACCGCGAAGGGAGAUUUUUCAAAAAGACGAAUUGAAGUACGCAACGAUUUUGAAUUCCGGCCGCGAGCGACGAUCGAAGUUCGAGGAGCUGCAGGCGGCCUCGAAGAAUCUAGAGAGGCGUUUGCACGAGGACGAUGAUUAUCGUCGACGUCAAGAGAUGGAGAGACGGAUAAGCAAGGACAAGCCACCUAGAUAUGAGGACCUGGAGGGAAUCCCACAUGACAUCGACAAACGUUACCAUGGCGAGCAGAGGGCUUUGGAGCAGCACCCAAUGAUGCGAAGCAAAUACGAGAGCGACAUGGAGAGGGCCAGGAAUAUUCUUCAGCAUAAUCUGAGGAAGGAGCGAGUCGGUGGCGGCGGUGGCGAGAAACUCGAGAAAUUACCGAAAGCAACGCAGACGAAUCUACCACCACCUUUGAGCGCUAUUUGUCAGAGUCCCGUACCGAAACCUAUCAGCGUCCGGCAGGACAGCAACGUUUCCUCAGACAGUUUCAGUCAAACCAGUUCGCCCAGUUAUACCAGCAAGACAAUGGAAGCCCCCCUUCUGCCUCAUAGGAAAGUCCCAGACAGAGCCUUGGUGUCGGAGCCUGAUAACUCAUCUGGCAGGCCGAUAACGAAGUCUACGAGCACGCCGGCCAGUUUGCAGACUAUCGUUAGAAUGCACGCCGGGAACAAUAGCUCCUUGCAUCAUAAAAUAAUCAGGGACAUGACUGGCAGCCACUACGUGACAACGGGAAGACUACGUUUCAGAUUUGUGCAGGUUCUGCUUAAUGCCAUUGCCCUCUUGGCUAUCGCCGGCGGUUUAGCCGCCUACUUCAAAACGUAUCCUGAAAAUGACUUCAAAUUGGAGAAUAGAACCAUAUACACGGCUGUGAUCCCGAUAUCUGAAAGUACGCAUUUCGUUGUCGAAGACAAGAAUCCAGCUCCGGGAGUGUGUCUACCCAUCAUCGUGACUUUCUGCCAGCAGCACAAGGUUCCGUACAACUACACUGUGUUUCCAAAUUAUAUGGGCAAUUUCGGACAGCGGGAGGCCCAGCACGAGCUGGAGCUUUACGACGCUGUCGUUGACGUCAGAUGUUACGAACUGGCUGCUCUAUUCCUGUGCAGUGUUUUCGUGCCGAAAUGCGGCCCUCGAGGUCGCGUCGUACGUCCCUGUCGUAGUCUUUGCUUUCAAACGAAAAGGCGCUGCGGUUUCUUUCUCAAAGUUUUCGGUUUGUCACUCCCGGAUUAUUUGGAGUGUGAACUUUUCCCGGAGAAUCCGAAUUCUGACGAAUGUAUCGGGCAUCACGAGGUGAUCGAGGCGGCAAGGAGAGCCGAGAAACCGGUGUGCACCAGUGGCUUUCAGUGCGACGGCACAAGGUGCAUUCCGUUCGAUUGGCGUUGCGAUGGUCAUCUCGACUGCUCAGAUCACAGUGACGAGAUCGGAUGCGGAAACUGCAAUUCCAGCACGUUGUUGGUGCCGGACACUUAUGGAAAAUUAAAGACGGGACCUUUGAGCACCCCUUCUAUAAAGUCUUCAUUACAUUGCGGCGAAAAAAGAUGCAUGUUUGCCAAACAUAUCUGCGACGGUGUCAUGGAUUGUCCUUGGGGGCAAGAUGAGCGUUAUUGCCUGAAAUUGAGCCAGAGAAACGGAGAUGUCGGCGAGGGCCGUCUGGAGGUGUAUCAUGCUGAAAUGGGUAAAUUUAUGCCGGCAUGUGUCUCGCACUGGGAAUCAACGUCGCCGCAAGAGGUUUGCGCUAUGUUAGGAUAUACGGUUUCAAACGGAUAUAAGUUGCUGAUUGACGAUUUAACAAAUGCGUCGGAAAGUAUUAAGAACCAAAGUACCAGUAACAAAAGUAUUAGUUUGCUGAAGCAAUUUCAAACGUGCAUCAAGGAUCGGGAGCCUUAUCCCAUGGUGAAACUUACUUGCGUCGAAUACGGUUGCGGCCGCAGGCGCUCCGGAAACGUGAGGGUAAAGCGAAUAGUGGGUGGUGUAGAGUCAGCCCCUGGUGAUUGGCCGUUUCUCGCAGCUCUUCUUGGUGGCCCGGAACAGAUCUUUUACUGCGCCGGGGUUCUUAUUGCCGAUCAGUGGGUACUGACCGCAUCUCAUUGCGUUGGAAAUCAUUCAGAGGUGUCCGGUUGGACGAUACAGCUUGGCAUUACUCGGAGACUUUCUCACUCUUAUUUCGGUCAAAAAUUGAAGGUAAAAAGAGUCAUACCUCACCCGUACUACAACCUGGGUGUUGCUCACGACAACGAUGUCGCAUUAUUCCAACUUGACAAGCGAGUUCAGUAUCACGAACAUCUAAAGCCGGUGUGCUUACCGACUGCUGACACCAAUCUUACACCCAAUACGUAUUGUACCGUUAUUGGAUGGGGCAAGAAAAACGAUACCGAUUCCUCUGAGUAUGAACCAGCCGUAAACGAGGUAGUAGUACCUAUUCUGCCUCGACACCUCUGCAACAUGUGGUUAGCGCAUAAAGAAUUGAACGUCACCGAUGGGAUGAUCUGUGCUGGCUAUGAGGACGGAGGAAAAGAUGCAUGCCAAGGCGAUUCUGGGGGACCUUUGUUGUGUCGGGAUAAGGAGGACGAGGACAGAUGGUACGUCGGCGGAAUCGUCAGCUGGGGCAUAAAAUGCGCCCACCCAAAACUGCCCGGAGUCUACGCUUACGUACCCAAAUACGUGACGUGGAUCCAAAAAGAAAUGUCUAAGUACUCCGAUUAUAACGAUAGAAGUAAUGGGAAAACGUAAACCACCGAGCUGGGCGAAAUAUUCGAUUCGUUUAAAAUCCAUCAACGUCGAAAUGAAUCGAACGGAAGUGAGGGUAAAACAUAUAUAGCAAAGUAAAUGCGGAUUUUCGCGUUCUCACUUAAUGACAUACAUUGGAAUGGGAAGAUAUUGGAAUCGAAAGCAAUUAUGGUUUCCCGAUUCGCUAAUCUGCGCUCAGCGAUUCCUGUCACGCUCAAUCAAUGGAUAGUAUUUUGUACACACCUUGUGCAGCUUUGAAUCAAAAACAGAGAAUCGAGUAUUAAUACGGAUUUUCAUUCUUUGGGAUUAGUAAGCACAGAUAAAUAGCACAGGCUGAUAAAAAUCACUGAUAAUCACGGAUUCGUUCGCUAAACCAGAUAGCCAAAUGAGUUCAGGAUGUCGUCAUGUUGCUGUCAAUCGUGACAAAUGUCAACACACGCAGAGAAAAGAUUAGCCAACAAAGCUAAAAUUUAGUUGUAGCAACUAAGAUGUGUCUUUAAAAUAGGGACAGCUAAUAUCGUUGCUGCCGGAGCUAAAUUUAUUAUUAAAAUUAGCAGUUACAGCAAAAAAUAUUCGCUGCUAGAAUCAAAUAAUGUUUAGCAAAUGCGUAUAUAGUUUCACGCUCCUAAGUCCCGGUCUACAACAGGUGUAGUAAGCCUUAAGCCGUAAGAAAUUGACCAAUCAUAGUUGAAUAUAAGGAGAAUAAUCGACCAUGAUCAAUUUUUACGAUUUAAGGCUUGCAACAUUAAUUGUAGUCCGGAACUAAGAUAUUGAGGAAUAGCUGCCACUUGUUUAGCUACACGUGUUAAAACACACAUUUUAUUUUAGCUAAUGAAACUGUAUUUCGCAGCAAAUAUAUUUUAUCUUUAAUAGUCAAUUUUUAGCACUGAUAGAAAAUAUCGAACUAGCUACUGAUAUUUAGUUACCACUUCUAAGUCAUUUUUUUCCGUGCAAACUAGGUGCUUUCUCAUUAUGUGUCCUCAUAAUAUUGCCUUGAGGUGAAUUCUAAAUUUGAUGAUGGUAAGUUGAUAACCUCUUGAUAACAACUUUGUUAUUUGCAAUUGUACGUACAAUGAGAGAAAAUUUUUUUUUCAAUGAAAAAAUUACUGGAUUAAGAAUUAUUUUUUCAUUUUAUUUAUUUAAAUAUUUGAUAAAUAUUUCAAUUAAAAAUUUUUCAACUUGACUGCAAGUAAAAAAUUAGGACCCAUCAAAUAAAUAAUUUUUUUAUUUUUAAAUAUUUUUUCUUUUAGUAUAUUCUUGUAAAAAGAGUAAACAUUUGCGUAAUGCUACGCCUUUUAUUUUAUAUAGCAUGGCUUUUAUUUACGAAAUUCAGUUUUGCUGUGUCGACGGUGAAAUUUAUAUUGCUCGUAGGUGAAAAUUUCUUAUUAUCAACACUUCAUUAGCGAGAUAGAAACUUCAACGAUAUUCAGCAAAGAUUUUACAACUUGUGUAAAACGUUAGACAUCAUACGUGUCAUCAGUUAGCUAUUAUAUUGCCGUCAUCUCGCUAUCAAUAUAACGCGUUAUUAAUCCUUAAUGUUUGUUCUUGAAAUUUCAUAAACUGAUGUUAUCUAUUUGCCCUCAGGUUGCUAACUCAGUUUGCACAUAAGAUUUCAAUGUCAGCAAAUUGACAGCAACUUCACGACAACUCGUGCAGUGCAUUAGUUUGCCUAAUAUGCUAAAUCACGCUUGGCUAUCUGGGGGGGAUGCUGAACGAUCAAUACCAUCACAACUUUCCUCGAGUGAUAAGAGUGAUCCAAUAAAGUCUGCAAUGACAACAGGAAACCGCACAUCAGGAAAACUAUUAUUUCUCACAUUGCGGACGGAUGAUUGCAGAAAAAUCGGAUUUUAUCAUCACCAUAUACGAAUACUGAUAUUUGCUACCGCAAUUCUCAGUCAUAGCUCGUCCAAAUUAAUACGAAAUUUCACCACUUUGCGAUUUUUCGUAAGAAGAUUUUAUGAUAAGUCACUCGGACAAGGGAAAUGUGAGAUAAUAGGAAACAUAUAGGAUAUACUACUUUAUAAAUAAAGCUAUAUAUGGAUGCCGACGAUGUUUGCGUACACAUAAGUUCAAAUAAUAAGCCAUUUUCUAGGAAACUACUAGAUAAAAGAGAGGAUCAAAAAUGCUGAUGUAUGUACUUUUGGUACCUACUGAAAUAAGAAAAAAAAAAUUGAGGAUUUAUGCACAAAACGAAAAUCCACGCAUGUGAUGCGACAAAAAAUAUUUUGUAUCGCUGCCGACUUUAAGACAGCCGUGUAUGAGCCACCAAGUGGUCGAAACCCUUGAUCUAUAGGGUGUGCGUUUAACAGCAUUCAAUGAUAUGAGUCGUUUGAGUGAUGUAGGCAGUAAUGAAUCGUACAUACCGUAGGGAACACAAUGCCUAUCAUCUCUCCUUUAUAAUUUAAGAACUUAUCUUCCUUAACAGCACAAGAUAUCGUAUGAACAUUCCAGAAUAUUCUAGAUAUCGUACGAACAUUCGUACAGUAUCGUGAUAUCGUUCGUGUAUUUCUAAAAUGUUCUUCACAAUAUUCGUUCGAUAUCAUGUGCUGUUAGGGUUAUUACAAUUAUAAAAAUAUAAUCUUCUCUUUGGACUCGAUAAAAAAUAUAAAAAUACAAAAUAUAAAAAAUAUAAAUGAAAAACAAUUGUAUUUUUUUAUUAAAUAACUUUAGGAAACCUUUUUAUUUCUAAAACCAAAAUAAUUCGGCUUACACUGCUAUUCCAGUUCAAACGACUCAUACAUUUGUAUGGCAAUCAUAGGAAAUCUGUGAUUUACAAACAAUCCUCAUACAAAUAGAAGAGGAUUAUAAAUUCUUUUGAAAUAGAUUUUUUCGUUGAUAUAUCGCACAUUUAUAUUUGAAAAGAGAAGCUGAACGCUUCUCGAUGGUUUGUGAUAUGCACAGUACUACACAGGUAUCUUAAUAUUAUCAGAAGUCAUAUAAUUUAGUAUGUACUAUUAAGAUGAAGAAAAACAUAUAUGCCGAUGAGAGCACAUUAUAUAUAUACAUAUAAUCAAUAAAUUGUAUUUUUGUAAAGGAACGAGUUAAGCGCACACCCCCUACGGGUAAAAUAUCGUACACGUAUUGCAUGAAAUGCACUAUGGUGUACAAUCGCGUGAAUAUUUUAAAUAAUGCGCAUACGAGGAGACAAUAUAUCCUAAGGAACAAAGAAAAUGUCUAUGUGCUUAUCGAUGUAAAUGCUAGUAGUCAGUUUAAAUACAUAAUAAUCACGUUCGUUAUAAGAGCGCGUGUCAGGCAGAACUAUUUAGUACGCACGUACAAACGUAGAUGUAACAGGGACGUCGUUGCAUACUGUGCAUUUCCACUACACGUGACAAAUUCUGGAGUCGCGCGACUCCGAAACACCGUGAUCCAUAUUUACGCGCGUAAACCUACGAGACCGAUCCAGUAUUACGAAAAUGCUGAUGUACAUACAUACGAAUUGAAGAUGGAAGAACUGCCAUGGCGAAUAGUAACGUGUAUUUUCACCGUACAUCUCACUGCAAACGCUAUUCGACGAGAAAUAGCGUUGCAGUCUAAACUCAAUUAUCGGCGUAAUUUCGUCAGUCAGGCUCAUCGUUUCGCAGCACUCAUUUUGCAGAAAGGUACAGUAUGCAAGUGGUCUCCGAUGUUAGGCUGAGCUAACGAAAAUUUAACGACUUAAUGUUUUUAGCAUGUUUUUAUUGCUAUUAUUACUUGGACAUAUACAUGAGUACAGAUCUUAAUAAUUGUUACGAGUAUUGGGGAUAUUUUGAAUUCAUUAUUAUAUAAUAAACGGUAGAGAUUUUUUCCAGUAAGAAUUCUUUCCAGCUGAAUUUAUUUCAGUAUUACGAUAGUGCAUACGUUUUCAAUUGAUUACUGUUGCCAAAUGAGUACAUUUUUGGUGAAAAGAAUAUAAUUGGGAGUAAAAAGAAAUUGAAUACAUUUGGUUAUAUAUAUUUGCUCAGCCUACCGUAUUCUAACUGAAAUAUUCAUGCGUGCAUCAGGUAAUAAAUAAAUCGUAUAAAUACGUAAGAAUUGUUAUACGUAUAUGAUAUGAUGUUACAAUGUAAAGUACUUAAGCAUAGAGGCUUGUAGAAUAGAAUGUUCGUAGUAUGCUCGAUAUAUAAACGUAAGAAACAUGUUGACUGAAUUCUAGGGACAAUACUCUGCACCAGCACUUUUUUGAUCUGCACUAUAAGAAAAUCGUUUUUCAAUGAGUAUACUUUAUACAUCGUACAUCGUUUAGGAGCCUUAAUAAUUGACUUAGACCUUUUCUAAGCAGUAAGACGAACAGUAUUGUUGGCCACGAUGACAACUAGUAUUCAGCUCGAUUUAUUUGCGAGCCGUCUUUAUUUACCUGCUUGUUGUUCGGAAUGCGAAUUCUGCUCUACUUCUUCUCUAUGCAACCUCAAACAUUUCUUCUAGUCAUUUGCGAACGAAAAAAAAAAAAUGUUUUUCUAUCGCGCCUUAAUAAAAUAGUGAUAAUUAAUAUUCUAUAUAUUAUUUGUAAUGCAUCUAAAGCAAAUGAUAUUUGACAACAAUUUGUUUUAGAUAAAAAAAUAAUGCUUUUUGAUAUAUAAAAAAAAACGUGCAAUGAUAGUGAUAUAUGAAUUUGCGUUUUCUAGAUGUAUCAGCUAAAGAUGAAUCCGUUUAUUCAUUGCUGCAUCUCUGACAUUUAAAAAUGACUCUCUCUAUAACAUGACCUAUCAGACAAUAAAAGAGAACAUGGACAAUAAUGGUCUUCCUUAGUAUCCAGACAACAAGUUUAGUUGUAAAAAUGGAUUAUAUACUUAAAUAACCGACAAUACUGUGUGAGCAGACAAUAAAUAGAGUUAGGAAAUGUUCCACGAUGGACAAUAAAUUAUAUAUUAAGGAUUAUAAUAAGGAAUUACUUGUAAACUUAGGACAUACGAAAGUGAUUAGUUAAUAAUUAGAACGUAUAAUUAUAAUAUAUUCUAUUAAAUAGUCUACUAAAAUUAUCCUCCAUAAUAUUGCUGAAUAGUAGUAUAUUGCACAAAGAUCAAAAACUAUUUAUUAUUUUGUGCAGUAUGAAAUACAUAACAUUUCUUUGCGCCUUCCAUUUAUAUUAUAUUAUAAAAUUUUUUAUGGUGAAAACGUAUAUGAAAUAUAUAUAUAUGUUAACGCGUUGCUUUCAUAUUUGAGAAGAGCAAAGAAUUAGACAAUCAGAAAUGGUGGUACGUUAUUUUUAUAUUCAUCUGUUGUACUUUAUUAAAUUUAAUAGUUAAUGAACAUUUCGUUGCCUUUUCUGUUGUAUUAUCGCGCUGAGUUAAAAAACAGUAACUGCCAAGUAAAACUUCUCCUACUUAUACAUCGUAUUUCAUAUAGACAAUUAUUAUUUUUGUACAGCUUUGCUUCUUACAGAUUUCGAUUCUAUGAAUUGAAUUAUGUAGAAUAUACGUUGCUGUUAAUAUUCCGUGAAAAAAUGCUAAUUGUUAUAUUUUGUUGUAUUAUUUUAUUGUAAGCAGUAAUAUUUCUCUUGGGCGUAUCGUGUUAUGUUGUUAGUUAUUUUAUAGAAAUACAAAUGGUGCGGUUUCUGAGACCGCAGGUGCGUAAACAGAACAAUGUGAUGAAAUGUAAAGUCAAUGAUUUACAUAGAGAGAUGUAUGCAUAUUAUAUAUGUACAUACGUACACUUCGAACGAAAAAAGUUACGCACACCUACGCGUAACUUUUUCUUGUUAAAGAGUGUAUACAGCUAAUAUAAUACAGAUAAUACAAGAAAAAGUAUAGUCAAUACUAUACAUUGCAUUGAAAGGACAGUUAGUGAUAUAAGAUUUUAUAGUUACAUAUUUUAAUAUAUUUACGAGAAAAUUAAAUCCGAAACUUAAUUAAGAAUUGAAGAGGAGAAAUUAAAUUUAUUAUUUGUACUUUAGUGCCAAAUUAGACAAUAUUUUAUUCAGAGACAUUUCCUAAACGACAAGUUAGAAUUUAGAUUUUUGAUAUAGUUAAAAAAAACUUUCAUUGUUUCUCUAUUAAAUAAUAUAAUAUUUUUGUUGCAUAAAAUGGAUUUUUACAUCAACAAAUUGUAUAACGAUAACGCGCAAAUAUUUAUAUAAAUAUAUACAAGAAAUACUAUUUAAUUUAUUUUAUCACAACGUAAUCUUAUUACAUAUUAUUGAAUAUAAAUACGUUUAUACUUUAAAUAGGGUUCAGAUAAAAUAUUUGAAAAUUUUUAUGAGAUAGAACUAUUCGAAGUAAAGACGUUCGAGCGGUUUCAAGUGGAUAAUUCGUACAAUUCGAAUCAAUAAUCGAAUCGUUUGAUCCAUUUUCAAUAUUCGAAGAUUCAAUUGUGCGAACAGUUUAGAUGUCAAAAUUAUAUUAAUAUUAAUUUAUUGGAAUAUAAUAUGGAUUAAGCAAAGAGUAUUAGAUGAAAUGUAAAGAAGAAUAUAGCUCGUAUAUUUAUUUAUAUAUAAAUAACGUUAGCAAAGAGAAUUUUUAACAUGGGUUAUCUGCACAAAAAAAAGAAAUGAUUUCUAUUGAAAAUGCGUUAAGGACGCUAAAAUAACGUUAGUUGUUAGAUUUAGAAAUUGUGUUAGAGGAUUUUGAAUCACAAUGAAUCAAAUAUUCGUGAUCAAUUUAAGAACAAUUGUAACGUUAUAAUUUAUGUAUAAAAUAUAAGAUUCGUUAGAUGCCUGUAGAUCGUUUUCAAGUAAAUUAUAUCACGUAAUGAAAGUAAGUUUCGCGCAAUGUGUGGUACAAUUAUAAUUAACGAGCUUUCCAAUUAUUUUUUACGCUGCUCUCGUUCUUCGAAAAACCUGCGUGCAGUCUCAUAGAGAAAUCUAUUACGCUCCUGUGCUCGAGAAACAUGAUUCUAAGAGCUAUGACAAGUAUUUGCUCUGUGUUGAAGAUGUGAAGAAAUGUUGCGCACAAAAUACAGGUGUCUCCCGUUCGCGAAGAAGUAUACUUUCUAAAAGAUACUACGAAAAUGUAUAACUACUCCUGUGAAGUCAAUGUUGGAUAGUAAGGUAGCGUAAGAGAUAUACGUAUCGUAUAUAUGAAUCGUCGCAAGAUGUUGCACAAAGAUUAGAGUAAUUAUGAAGCGCACACGCGCUUACUUAUCGUAAGUGCGUUUGUAUUUACAGUUAGGUUCAAUUAUUUUCAAUUGAACGGAUCGAAAAUAAAGAAAACGCGCAAUUGCGGAGAGUAUUACUAAAUUAAUAAAUCGAGAGUGCGUUGGCAAGUGAACGCACUCGGGUGCAAGGCUCGCAGUCUCUCGUGCGUAUCUCUGUUUCCGAUCUACUCAAUUUUUAUCAGUUUUAGAAAAUCCUUAUACAGUACAACAAUAUUGCAGUAACAUUGCAGAAAUAUUUGAUUGCAACAUUAUAAUUUCACAAAGCGUUACAAAGUGUUGCUUUAAUAUUGCUGCAACGUUUUAGCAAUGGUAAAAUGUUUGCCUUUAGAAAUAUUGCAAUGCAACAUUGCAACAAUAUUGCAAUACUUGUUUUAAUAUUUCAGGUGCAAUUACAUAUAUGUUGAAACACAUAAAUAUUAUAUGUCCCUGAAUUAAUUUUUACAUAGUAAAACCAAAAUUUCAUUAUCAAAAAUACAUCUUACUUUUGUCUUCAAAUUCAACUUUUGAACUUUUCUUCACAACGAAAUUAUUUCGUUAAAAAAUAUAUGUGUGUGAAAUAUGUAAAAAAAUGUGAAAAAUCUCAAUGCCGCAUUUAUUUCUUUUAUUCUAAAUAUUGCGAUUUUUUAAAUUAUAAGAAGUAGAACUCCAUCAUAUCCAUCCAAUGGCGAUGGUAGUAGACAUUACUUUUCACAAUAUUUUUAAAACAUCACUGUAACAUCACUGAGGUAAUAUUGCAAAAAAUAUCUUUGCAAUGUUUCUGCAAUAAUGCACUGUAAUACGCAACGUUGCAGCAAUUUGCUGCAAGUUUCUGUGCUGUAUGAGUCAUUUCAAAUGAGAAAGAACGUCAAAAGUCGGCAUAUAUCUGUAUAAACGUUAUGUAUAAUGGAGUUACAAAUCAGUCAAUAUAAGUUGUAACUUCGAUCGGUAUUGAUAAAAUAAUGUUGCAUUUAAAAAAACGCAUAUUCUACGUAGAAAAUAUGAAAAUGUGUCGAGGAUAUUGACAUGAUUCAAAUGUGAAAUCCGACUUCUCGCGUCUUUCAUCUUGAUAAAUGAUGAUCGCUAUACGUUCAGAGUGAUAAGAAAUUUAGCCGUAAACUACCAUAAGAGACAAUAUGUCAGAGAAAAACUAUACAAUCAACUAUACUGAACUUGAGAAUUGAUAUACUAUUAUACAAAAAGAUGUUAUAUAAUAUUGGUUACAUUUACUCAUUUUUUCUUAAUAGAUUUACCUUCUUUUUUUUUAUCACAAAGCAAAUCUCACGAAAUUGCACAAUCAACUCAUUAUAAAAUUCUGAAUUUAAUAUGUGAAAUAUCGGAAUAUCAAGAAUACAUAAAAUCGGAAAUAUCAAGACAGUAAAAAUUGCUAUUACAAAUGAAUUUAUAUUAUAACGAAAAACAAUAUCAAAUAUAAUAACAAACUUAAUUGAUUUAAUUAAAAUUAAUUACUUGCUUUUUUGGACAUUAUAUAAAAAAAAUAUGACUGCAAAUAUUUUACGUUAACAAAAAUUGAAUAUUUUUAAAUUCUGAUGAAUGCUAGCUUAAUGCGACGUAACAAAACAAUUUUUACGAUAGGAUUGUCUUGUCACUACGUUCCUUCACUAUUUUAUAUGAAAUAUGAUAGUUUUUACAAAAGUAUGCGAUUGAUAUAAAUAAUCGUUAAGUAUUUAAAAUUAAUGCUUAGCAAUUAUGUAUCAUUCGCACAAAAUAUAAUCGUUAAAUUGCUAAAUAUACAUUACAAAGUGCUCCUAAAGUGCUAUUGAUAUAGCGAUGUGUUACUCUUAAGUGCGUAUUAGCGCAGCUACAUAAUUAACUUUACAUAGAUAAACAAUUUUAUGUUUUCUCAACAUUUUAUUCAAUCAAAAACUAUUAUCGUGUACACACGACACAUAACGUGUAAUUUAAACUUUAAAUCUUUGGUAAGAUAUAAACAAGAAAAAGUGCAAAAAGAGAGAGAGAGGAAUAAUAAGACCGAACAUAAAAAAUAUUGUAUAGAUUCAAAGAAAGAUUUGUAUAAUUAUGUAUAAUUUUUGCAAGCUCAGACAUAUUUUGACUUCUGCUUGCUUUUAGCGUAAAUGAGGGGACGGGGCGAAUGUAACGUGGGGAUGUUGAAUGUGAUCGCUCGUUUGUGCUCGGCACAAAUCCUAAUUGUACAAUCAGUGGUCGACGAUAUGCAUAUGUGUAAUUACAUGCGUGACAGUUGCGCGCACGCAAACGUACGCAUAAAUGUGUGAAAAACGUGCUGGUACUUACGAGAUUAAUAUAGUGGAUAAAAAAUUGCACGAACUUUGUUAUCACGUUGUUAUCACGCGAAUAAUUUUAUACCGGAAAAGAAGAAACGUCACCUCUCUUUACUACACACCUAGAAUAAAAUACAUUUUGGUAGAAAUACUUUGCAGCGACCUCUGCGCGAUGUCCAUACAAAGUUAUCAUUGUGUUCAGAAAAAGAUAUGGGCCGUGCAAUUCGUUUUUGUCCACUCUUAUAAUCAACUAUACUGUGCGCAACUAGUAUUCCUAUGUAGCGAGUGUUGCGUGUAGUGUAAAAAAUGGCUAAUAUUUGUAUGUUGAAUAUAUACCUGACAUUGGAUAUAAAUGUAGGCACGUUUACACGUCGUGUAUCGCUGUGAUUGAUACAUAGAUCUAGGCGAUGUUGUACGUUAGGCUAUAAUUAAUGUGAAGCGAGGUAAGGACAGCCAGACCGCUGUCGAUUGUUAGAUGUGCACACGCAAUUGCGCAACUUUCAUUUGGAGGAUAUACAUCCGCGUAGUGUCGUCUGUUUGCAAUUUUACAUUUCUGCAACACACGAGCAUUCAAGGCGAUACUUGGAAUUCGCUAUUUCCGCAAUACUAUCAUCGGCGUCUCCUGACUAUACAACAACGAUUGCAUUGUUUCAUUGAUAGUAAAUUCCAAAACGUCACCAUUUUGCUGUAUAGCGAUUGUAUUCUCGCAAAUAUAUUUUUUUUUCUCUUUUCGUAUGUCGACAAGAAUUUAUCUCCAAGAGCAAAUUCGUUGCAAUUCGUUGUCACUGUUCACUAAUGUUUCACUGCGCGCGAUCAACUUAACGCUAAAAUGUACUGUAAGAGAUAAUGAUAUUAUCUCGAAGUCAUCUUUGGUCCAUCAGUCAUUUAGACGUAACUACUAGGUGUACAAAUUACGGGAUAAAUAACUGUUCAUUAGAGACAUUACAACGCGCGUAUGUAGAAAUUACGUAUUACGAUCUUAAAGUAGAAAACUUAUAGUAUACGAGAGGCAAUGUAAUUAUUAGGCCAAAUUUCCAUUUUAAUAGGAAAAUGAAAUUUUUUAAGUGCUGUUAUCCGAAAAAAGAAAUAAAUUUAUGUUUCGUAUCAUGCGUACGAUUAACAAGUAAAAAAAAUAGCAGCUCUUUUCUUUUCUUCAAACAAAUGUGACAUUAUCGAAUGCCAAGAUGACUUCGAGAUAAUAGUAGAAU